ACACGCUGUCAGAACGUGCGCUUUUCUCUUAGAACGCCGUAAUGGAAUUCAGAACUGAUACAUUUACGUUCUUAAUCCAGUUGAAACACAAGUGACGACAUUUCGAAUGUGAAUACGUCACCACUCGAAAAGUUUGUUUUCCUGAUAUUUUAACCUGUUUCUACACGUACCGAGCACACGCUGUUGUUGUUGUUCUCGGAAGAAAGCGUUCCUGAACUCUUAAAUAUGCAGAUAAAGUGAAGUGCGCGCAGACUUUGCCCUCGCGCGUCAGUAUAAGAGCGCGUUCCGUUACACGCAUCAGUUUUAAGGCGGUCUACAGACACUCAUGACGCUCUUUACUUCCCGAGGUCUUUCCACGCGUUUACACUGACGACACCACCCGCACAGCACUGAGCCCUGAAGAUAACAUACCCAAUAUCCGAGAAGACUAAAGGUUGAAGAUGGAGGCCAUUAACCACAGAGUUAACUCUUACAUCGAGUCUUGGAUGGGACCCCGGGAUCCUCGGGUUAAAGGAUGGCUUCUGCUGGAAAACUACAUCCCCACGAUUAUCUUCACGGCUCUGUACCUUCUGAUUGUGUGGAUGGGGCCGAAAUACAUGAAGAACCGAAAGCCGUACUCGUGCAGAGCUGUGCUGGUGCCGUAUAACCUGGGCCUGACGCUGCUGUCGCUCUACAUGUUCUACGAGCUGGUAAUGUCAGUGUAUCAAGGCGGAUACAACUUCUUCUGCCAGGACACACACAGCGCAGGAGAGGCCGACACCAGGAUGAUUCAUGUACUCUGGUGGUAUUACUUCUCCAAACUCAUUGAGUUUAUGGACACGUUCUUCUUCAUCCUGAGGAAGAACAACCACCAGAUCACGUUCCUGCACGUGUACCACCACGCCAGCAUGCUCAACAUCUGGUGGUUCGUCAUGAACUGGGUGCCGUGUGGACACUCGUAUUUCGGCGCCUCGUUUAACAGCUUCAUCCAUGUGCUGAUGUACUCGUAUUACGGGCUCUCCGCCGUGCCGGCCAUCAGACCGUAUCUGUGGUGGAAGAAGUACAUCACUCAAGGCCAGCUGGUCCAGUUCGUCCUGACCAUGUUCCAGACAUCUUGUGCUGUGGUUCGGCCAUGUGGUUUCCCAAUGGGCUGGCUGUAUUUCCAAAUCUCUUAUUGCAUGACUCUUAUCUUACUCUUCUCAAACUUCUACAUACAGACCUAUAAGAAACAAGCGGGAUCUCGGAAGACCGAUCACCCGAACGGAUCAAUAAACGGCCACACUAAUGGCGUGACAUCCAACGAGAAGGUUAAAUACAGAAAGCCACGCGCAGAGUGACAGUCCCGCCACUGAUAUCAACGCAGUAGAAGAGCUACAUGUACGUGUGUGUCAUCUUACGCGCUAAAGCCAUUUAAUCCUUAAGAGACUCCUUACAUGUUUGCACACUGCAACCUCAUGUUAUUCAUAUUGAAUCCAAAAAAAUAGGAAAAGAGAGAUACAAUUAGGGUCCAAGUUAGUACGUCUCAGGCGUCUAGAGUAUUUUUGUUUUUCAUAUAUUUUUCUUGAAAUAUAACCUUAUUACUGUACUCAUUUGCACUGGUGUUUUCACUAAACUUGUCUGUAGACAUAGUUGACCAAAUAUACUGCGGUAUGCCACACUUUUAGAGCUGAAUACACACACACACACACACUUCUAGCCUAUGCAAUGUGUCUUUACAGUACAGACAGACGGUCAAUAGAUGAUAAUACGAAACAGUCAGGAGAAAUUAUGGAAGAUAAUCAGCUUUAUUGACCGUUAAUUGAUUGUUUAGUGAAUUACAGUAAGUUUACAAAAAAGAAACUGGACUGUUUAUUUAAUGUUAACACUGAUUUAGCAUAGUUUGUUGUUAGCGCUGUACUGGACAGGGGAAUCUCAUUAAAACAUAUCCAUUUCAUUCCAACU